AUGAACAACCCCUACUACGGGGUGCUCUGCGACAGCAUCGCGAACCAAUACCUGAUCGAGAAAUGCAACUACAGCAUGCACAAGUCCCCGCAGUCGGGCAUCAUCGCGCACACCUACUUUGACUAUUUCGGGUCGGUCGAGUACCCCGGCGUGCUCGAGGUCGGGCUGCGCGUCGCCAAGCUGGGGAAGUCCAGCGUGCUGUAUGAGGUCGGUGUGUUCAAGAAGGGCGACGCCGUCGUCAAGGCUGUGGGUGGGAGUAUGCACGUUUGGGUGAGUAAUGAUGGAGGGGUGCUGGGGAGGCCGGCCAAGGAGGGCAUGCCGGUCGAGGUGAGGAGGGCGUAUGAGGCGUUGAUGGACCCCGAGGACCAGGCGAGUAGUGAUGGAAAGAUGGAUGGAGAGGCGGACAAGAGGAAGGCGAAGUUGUGA